UGUUGACAGUUUUCAAGGAAAGCUUCCUGCAGCUGUUCCGAGUUGCGAGAAACAAACGCUCAGUCUUGUUUCAGCUUUUCAACUGUUAACUUGUAUGAAACAUUUAUACUUUCAUUCGUAGAUAGUGAUUGCAGAUUCGCAUAAAAUUGUGCUCGUAUUUCCGUUGGUAUACAGUUUCAUCGCAGAACAAAGAAAAUGAGUGGUAGAUCGCAAAUGACAGCAGUGAAUGGGAAGAGACCAUCUUCGAUUCCAUCCAGACAUCAGUCUGAGACAAUAGCUCAACAUUUUGACUUAAUUAAAUAUAUUUAUGACUAUUUUGAGCCAUUUAAUCUUGAAGCUUGGUGGGGACAGCGUGUUGUCCAAAGUAUUACCAGGAAUGCAAGUUCCUAGUGCCAGGCUCAACACAUUGAUUAUAAUCGAACAUUCUCAAAUAGACAUAAGAAACAGAAAGGAUAAAUUCAGUGCUGCCGGAGAAAACUUUUCCAUUUCCAGAAAUAAUUUAUUAUGUAUUGAAAAAUAAGUGAUGAAAGAAGGAUAGUAUAGGUAUAAAUAAGUAUCUAGCAAUCAAUUUUGAAUCUUUUGAUAACAAAGAUAGGAUAUUAGCAAAUAAUCAAAGAUAAAGAUGAAAAAAAAAGAAAAGGAAAAGAGCAGGGUUAUGGAAACAUACAUAGUAUGAAAAUGACAUUCCUCUAAUCUUUUAUCGUAUUUUAACAUAAUAUCGCCUUUUCCUGGACCUUUUUACUCAUCGUGUUUUUAAAAGUAUUUUACAUAAAAAAAAAAAAAAAAAUUGAUCUAAGCUGUUUCUAACAAUGUCUUUCUAAGAUUCAACGCGAUGAAUAAUUAAGAAAUAUAGUGCAUGCUAAAACUAUUUAUUUUAUUUGCCACACUGGCGAACAUAAUUGUAAGAAAUAGUUUGUAUCAUAAAUCAAAUUUCCACUGUUACUUAAUGAGAAACUUAGAGUAAUCGUUUAUCUUUUAAUCCCUCUGUAAUUAAAAACUUGGAUAUGGAAUGCUGAAUCGAGAGCACAUGAAUUAUAUAUAAAUUCUAUAUAUUUCAAUCGAAGGAAGUAUGUGCGAAAAAAAACUUGGAUUACCUUUUAAGGUUUAUGCAUAUAUGUAUUUUUCCACGAAUUGCAUUUCACAUUUUUAAUAAAUUUUUCCAUUCACACACAUGUAAUGAAAUCGCACUUUAACGUAAAGAAAAAGAAGAAGGAGAAGAGAAAAAAAAGAAAAAUGCAAAAGGAUAAAAGUUUUGAGAUUCUCUAAAGGAAAGUCAUACAUGAGAACGUAGUAGAAUGCACCAUUUCUGACGAAAAAAAAAAGUGAAUAUUUAAUUCUUACUCAAAAUAAUGUGAUAAUUAUUACGAUUUUAAAUACAAUUAAAUCUAUGCAAUUAUGUACAUUUAUUAUGAAAAUAUGUAUGUAUGUAAUGUAUCUAUGCGUGUAUAGAUAUUAUAUAAGAAUUAUCUCAUAACAUUUUUAACGAUAAGCAACAAUAACGUUUUUCUAAACUCGUGGACAUCUUUACCAAUUACUUGUAGUGGUAUUUUUUUAUGUACAAUUGAAUAGGAAAAGUAUUAUUACAAUUAUGAUGAAUCUAGUUCGAUACUGUUACAUGUUAUACAAAAAUCGCUGUAAUGUUAGGGAUUCGUGCACUUGAAAGAAACAAAUAGGAGUUGCCUCGCAUAACACUAUUGAGUCAAUGCCUUGAUAUGGUUUAGCAUCUCGUUAUUUCCAAGUAAAUGCGAACCCUUACCAAUCAUCGUUUCAACAUCAUUUAACGUGUUCAGUUUUAAGGUGUUAACGGUUCGUUCCAAAUUACCGAGACUUCUCUCUAUCGCACGUUUCUCGCUAUUAAGCAUCUAUAUUUUAAUUGAAGAAUCAAGUUGAAAUUUUCUACCGUUCUAACGAGAUCUAUAUAUACGUUUUUUUUUUUUUUUUU